UCCUAAGCGACUACCUUCUAGCGCUGACGCUAUGUUUAAUAUCGCCAUGAAUCAUGCCACUCCGUGGUCGUUGCUUCUAUUCAUCGCGUGCGUCAAUGCCAUAGAAGAGUCUACAAUUGUCUACCCAAGAAUGCUGGAAAGUCGAUCUGAAGAUGGCACGAAGGUCUUGAUGAUAAAUGACGAUUUGACACUCAACUUACGAAAAGCCUCUGUGUUCUCGGAAGAAUUUCUAAUUCACACAACCAUGGAUGGCAAACCCAUAGCAUACCACAUGCUUGGUGCUGAAAUGGAAAAGAAUCUAUAUGAUGACGAGGAAAAGAUGGCAACUGUACAUGUCACCGACGAGGAUGGUGUGAGCGUUGAAGGUGUACUUGGCCACACUCUGCGCAUAAAACCAUUGGAAGGGAUGGAGAGAUCGUCAAGUGGUGAAAGACCUCAUCAACUCUACGAGAUCCCUGAGCCGAGCAAUGAAGAACAUCGAAGAGACGAUUACUCAUCACCAAAUACCAGCAUGGAGGAGCGAUACGUGGAAUCUCGAUUUGAUUGGUACAAAGCACCACGUUUGCCUGUGUUAAUAACGCCUGAAGUACACGUCGUCGUUGACUUCUUGAUCUCCAAAGCACUAAAAUUUGAGGCAAGGAAAAUUGCAAGAUACGUUGCUAUUAUGACUGCUUCGGCCAAUUUACGGUAUCGAAGCUUUAUUCAGCCAAGGGUUCAGCUGGUGAUUGUUGGCGUCAGCGUUACGAAAACGCCCGAAGAGGAGCCAUAUAUGGCUAAUGUACCUGGCUAUGAGGCUACGAACAAUAUUCUUGAUGAGAAAACAAGAUAUAAUUUUAAGGAAUACGCAAUGAAGCAAUCAUAUUUUAAGAGGUCUGACAUUAUUUUCCUGCUUACAGGGAAGAAUCUAUCCGAAUGGGAAGGUGGCACCUUACAGCAUUGGAUCGGAGGAUCAGCGUUCCUUGGAGGAGUGUGCCUAGAGUGGAAGGUGGGCCUAUCUGAAGAAAGAGUUGGCAGUUAUUAUGGUGUGUACGUCUUCGCGCAUGAGCUUGCACACAGUCUUGGCUGUGCCCACGACGGGGAUGGUGCGAGCACCUGGCAUAAGGGACAUAUUGGGUCAAAAGACUGUGAUUGGGAUCUUGGGUACAUGAUGAGUUAUAAGUUUGUAAAGCCGAACAUGUACAGGUUUUCUAAGUGCUGCCAACGAGAAAUUACGAAUACGUACAACCGCCCGGAAUACCAUUGUCUUCUUGAGAAGAACAGCCUACAAACCCGGAUAUAUUCUUCCAAGCUCCCUGGUGCCGUGUCAAGUCGUCAAACAUAUUGCGAAAAAAUUUACGGGAAGUACAGCAGUUACGUUAAAGUAGACAGGGGUUACCCGACGCAAGGGUGCAUCGUGAAGUGCUAUAUAAGCAAAAAAUUGGACAACAUGCUGAUUGGUGCAGUCGACGGCGUAAAAUGUGGCAAGAAGAAGGUGUGCGUUCUUGGUAAUUGCACUUCUAAAGCCAAAUUGAAGAAAUUGUUAAGGAACGAAUAAAGAAUCAAUUACAUAUCGGGUUACUCUGGACCUGGUGCAUUUGAGGUAAUAAAAACACAUAUAGCA